GACUUCAUUUCCCAGGCGGCCGCGCGCGCGACCGGAAGUGCGGGGAGCCUAUAAGAGGGGGAGGCGGCCGGGUUCGUGGGCACUGAGGCGCUGGCGAGGACUGUGUGCUCGUGUGUGAUGCGGUGGGUUCGUGAUUCCAUACGCCUGGAGUCCUGGUAGCUGCGGCGCCGGGGGGCGAGAGGCGGGUCUCCGAGACCCCUGCGACGCACUGUGGUUCGGGGGUGUGGUGUGGUUGUACAGGCACAAAAGCCCUUCGGAAGUCGCAGUCAGGAGUCGGAGCCCCUCGCCCUAAUUGUCAUCGAAGAUGAGACAACCGGGUCCUACAAAUGCCAAGUGAUCUGCUCAAGGCGCCCUGCUUCAUAGGAACGGGAGUCUCGGCCAUCGCUCGGUGAGCCUACUGCUACGUCUAAAGGAGCGCCUGCUCAGAAUGGCCGUGGGGUGGUUCUACUUGUCCUUCUACGCCCUGUGCCUCCUGGGCGUGCUGUGCGUCAUCCUCACCAUCUACUGGAUGCAGCUGUGGCAUGGGGGCUUUGCCUGGGAUGGCACCAUUCACAUGUUCAACUACCACCCAGUGCUCAUGGUUGUUGGCUUAGUGGUGCUCUACAGCGCUGCCUCACUGGUGUACCGGCUGCCGCAGUCCUGGGCGGGGCCCAAGCUGCCAUGGAAGAUGGGCCACGCGGCCCUGCACCUGCUGGCCUUCAUCCUGACGGUGCUGGGGCUGGUCGCCGUCUUUCAGUUCCACCGCCGCUCCAAGAUCCCCAACCUCUACUCCCUGCACAGCUGGCUGGGCAUCGUCACCGUUUUCCUUUUCGCCUGCCAGUGGUUCCUGGGCUUUGUUGUCUUCCUGCUGCCCUGGGCGUCCGAGUGGCUGCGCAGCCUCCUUAAACCCGUCCACGUCUUCUUUGGAGUCAUCAUCCUUUCUCUGUCCAUCGCGUCGGUCAUUUCCGGCAUUAAUGAGAAGCUUUUCUUCAGUCUGAACAAUGCCACCCAGCCGUACUCCCAUCUGCCCGGGGAAGCCAUCUUUGCCAACAGCCUGGGGAUGCUGGUGGUGGUCUUCGGGCUCCUGGUGCUCUAUAUCCUCCUGGUUUCGUCUUGGAAACGCCCAGAGCCAGGGACCCUGACGGAAGGACAGCCCCUGUUGCGUGAUGGGGAAUGACGCGGGAAGGGGCAGCCAGGGGCAGGUGAAGGUGCUGUCCUGUCCCUCAGCAGCUCUGCUCUGCCUGGGGCUCCCGUCUGGCUUCAGCAACAGAUCGCCUUGGGCUCCGGGCCCAGACCUCUUCGUGCCUCCACAUGGGGACUGCUCCCUCCGCCACCCCACCGUGCUGCCUCCUGGCUUCGCUUGGCGGCUUCUGUACUCCCUCCUGGCCUCAACUUCUCGGUUCUUCAUUUACAUACGCCCCCCUCCCCCAGCCCAGGGCUGCUGCUGCCGCCCCUGCUCUCCGUGUGAAGUCAAGCUCAUUUCCCCUUUAGACCCCUAGGAUGUGGUAGGAGAUCUUGACAGCUCAGCUGAGCUGGUACUCAAUGGGCAUGUGCAGAGGCAGGGAGGCAGCGAGGUCCAGCAGCUUCCCCUUAAAGGCCUGCCUUCCGUUUGGGCCACCCCCACUGUGGGCUGGGCAUCAGCCGCCCAGCCAGGCGUGAGGCUGGGUACAGACUUCUCAAGGUGACGGAAGGAGUGGGGAGAAUGGCAGCCGAGCGGGUUCCCAGAGAAGUCGGGGAGCUGACUGCCCUUUGCUGUUCUGUCUCGUGUUUCCACAUUCCCCGUCUGCCUGGGCUGACUGGGUGGCUCCCCUUUGCUGCUACAGCCCUGGCCUAGAUUCUGGCCUUUGCCUAUGACCCCUGCAAGCACCAGUCACGGCCAGGCAGCCCCACGAACCCUGGUAGCCUGCUCUCCCAACAACGGGCUAUACCCAGAUGUCCCGGAGCACUGAGCCCCAGGGGGGCCUCACACUUCCUUUGCUGCCCCUCCCUGGACCAGGGCUCCCCUGCCUGUCCCCCGGGCAAGCUGGCAGAGCCCCAGCCCAGCUGAUUUUCACUCUCCAGCUUACCAUGAAACAAGCCAAAGCUGUGAUGCACCGUGCCCAGCGGAUCCCUGGGGCCACAGCCACUUUCCAAGGUGCUCCCUGCCGAGUAUCGGGCUGCCUCAUGCCGAGGCCAGAACUGGUCUCCUGUUAUGCCAGGGGGUGAGCAGCUGCUUGCCUCUCGAGAAGCUGGGCUUGGGGUGCUGUGGCUUCCCCGCCCUAUCCCAACGAGCCCUGCCAGGUCCCAGGUUCCAUACUGUCGUCCUUAGUGAGAAGCAGUGGGCACCCAAGGGCUGGGGUGCACUUCCCCUGGCAGGUGGAGAUGAGGCCAACUGUCUACCCCAACCCCAUGUGGCCUGAUGGCAGGACUGACUGGACUUCCUGAGGGGAUGAAGCCUUUGAAGCCAUUGGGAUGACUGCCACACACCUCAGUCAACAUGACCAGCGCCCCCUCUUUCCGUGGGGGGGGCUGUAACCUAAAGCUUGAUUUCCAUUUAUCAUGUUUUUAAGAAUCAAAGCCUUCUCUACUGUGCUGCCGUGACAUGGUGGCUAAAUGAGCUCUGAGAAACUUAUUAAAAGCCUCUGGACAGUUCUGACCCUCAGCCUGGGGAGGAACAAACCCAAAGGCACCAAAAAUCC